AUGAUCAUUUUUCUAAUUCAAUUUAUACUUUUUCUCCUCUCCUUUUUGAAGGCAGCCGUAGUUCUGUGUAUGGAUGUUGGCUCUUCGAUGAGUAACUUUGUUCCUGGAGAAGAAUCUCCUUUCGAACAAGCAAAGAAAGUGAUGACCCUGUUUGUGCAGCGACAGGUAUUUGCUGAGAGUAAAGACGAAAUUUCCUUGGUUUUAUUUGGCACAGACGGUACUGGAAACACUCUUGCCUGUGAGGAUCAGUAUCAGCAUAUUACUGUACACAGACACCUGUUUCUGCCAGAUUUUGAUUUAUUGGAAGACAUACAAAAUGUGGUUCAGCCAGGCACUGGACAAGGAGACAUUCUGGAUGCUCUUAUUGUGUGUAUGGAUUUGCUUCAAAAGGAAACAAUAGGGAAAAAAUAUGACAAACGGCACAUAGAGGUUUUUACUGACCUUAGCAGUCCCUUUAGUGAGGAUCAGCUGGACAUUAUUGUGGCUAACAUGAAGAAAACCGGGAUCUCACUGCAGUUUUUCUUGCCAUUUCCAGUGAAUGACAUCGAUGGAAGUGGGGAUGCGAAUGAUAAGGCACAUUCCAGUAGGUACCAAAACUCUUUUCCAAGGAAGGGGCUAACUGAGCAGCAAAAAAAGGGCGUCCUAAUGGUGAAGAACCUCAUGUUUGCACUAGAUAAAGAAGAUGGUCUGGAGGACAUUUAUACUUUCAGGGAGAGUCUGGAGUGCCUUUCAAUGUUUAAGAAGAUUGAACGGAAACCAAUGGCUUGGCCCUGCCUACUCACCAUUGGUUCUAAAUUGUCAAUAAGGAUCACAGCCUAUAAAUCAAUUACUGAGGAGAAAGUGAAAAAAAGCUGGAUGGUUGUGGAUGCCAAGACACUAAAAAAAGAUGACAUACAAAGAGAAACGGUUUACUGCUUGGACGAUGAUGAUGAAACAGAAGUUCAGAAAGAGGAUAUUAUUCAAGGGUUCCGCUAUGGGAGUGAUAUAAUUCCUUUCUCUAAAAUAGACGAGGAACAAAUGAAAUACAAAACAGAUGGAAAAUGUUUUGCUGUAUUAGGAUUCAGCAGAUCAUCUCAGAUCCUGAGACAUCACUACAUGGGGAAUCAAGUUUUGAAAGUAUUUGCCUCAAAGGAUGAUGAGGCUGCAGCAGUUGCUCUUUCUGCGCUGAUUCAUGCUUUGAACGAGUUGGAUAUGGUGGCCAUAGUGCGUUAUGUCUAUGAUAGAAGAUCUAAUCCCCAGGUUGGGGUAGCGUUUCCAUUAAUUAAGAAUGAAUAUGAGUGUUUAGUGUAUGUGCAGUUGCCUUAUAUGGAAGAUAUGCGGCAGUACAUGUUUUCUUCCUUGAAAAAUAAUAAAAAAUGCACUCCAACAGAGGAUCAGUUGUGUGCAGUUGACUCCCUGAUUGAUUCUAUGAACUUAGUUUAUGAAGAUGAGAGAGAAGAGACAGUGGAGGAUAUAUUUAAUACCAGCAAGUUCCCAAACCCUCAAUUCCAGCGAUUAUUCCAGUGCCUGCAGCAUAAGGCUUUCCAUCCUGAUGCGCCUCUGCCUCCUAUUGAAAAACACCUCCUAGACAUACUGGAAACACCCCAAGAAGUGAUGGAAAGAUGCCAGGCCCCUCUUGAGAAGUUGAAAGUAGACUUUCCCUUGAAGGAUGUGGGCAAAAGAAAAGAGCAGAAGACAGCUCAAAGUAUCUUUGAAGACAAUAACAAAGAUGAGUCCAGUACUAAAAAGGCAAAAACUGAAGAUGAUGACGGUGACUUCAACAUUGGACACCUUGCUGAAGGCAGUGUUACUGCAGUUGGAAGUGUUAAUCCAUCAGAAAACUUCAGAAUUCUGGUGAGGCAGAAAAACGUUAACUUCAAGGAAGUCAGUCAGCAGCUGAUAAACCACAUUCACCAGUUUCUGGAAAAGAGAGGGGUGCCAUAUUAUAUGAAGAGCAUCAACUGCAUACAAGUUUUCAGAGAGGAAGCUGUUAAGCUGUCACAAGUUCAGUGCUUUAAUGAUUUUCUGGAAGCCUUGAAAAAAAAGGUGGAAGAUGAAAACUUACCUGAAUUCUGGGAAACCAUAAUACAAGAUGGCGUCUCCUUGAUUACCAAAGAAGAAGCUGCAGGAAGCACUGUGUCAGUGGAAGAUGCCAAAAAGUUCCUUGUUCCCAAAGAAAAGUCCAUGGAAAUUUCACCAGCGGCAGAUGAAGGUGAUGUCGAUGAUCUUCUGGACAUGAUUUAAGUGGAUUAGCAGCAUCCAGCCAUCUAUGAUCAGAAGAUGUCUCUGGAAUCCAGGAAGAACAGCAUCAUAAUUUCACUAGUAUGAGAGUGAGAGAGAGUACUGUUAUAAGUCUGGAUUGACUCCUAUGUGGGAGUAUGUUUCUUUGCUUACUUAAAGCUAUACUGUAUGUUCAUUGCAACCAUAAAUGUUGAUAAUUUCAAAAUCUGUUCCAAAGGCCCAUAAACUACCCAUGUGGCAGUCAUGGCAAAUGUUCACCCAUACUCAUGCAUCAGAGUCCUAAUAUUUCCAGUUUAGCACCUUAUAAACACAUCACAAAUCAGGCUUUUGUUGCCAUAACGUAGAAUUGAUGGCUACAGGAUAGCUGGACCUUCACUCCAAAAAUGAGCCUAUACGUCUAAAAAUUCAUUAACAGCUACUAUAACUCCAGGGCUGGUCCCAUCAUUGAGCCUCUUCUUCUGCUGGCCUGUUGUAGUAGGACUCCCUUGUUGUCCUACAGCAGGGGUGGCCAACGGUAGCUCUCCAGAUGUUUUUUUGCCUACAACUCUCAUCAGCCCCAGCCAGCAUGGCUGAUGGCUGGGGCUGAUGGGAGUUGUAGGCAAAAAAAGACAUCUGGAGAGCUACCAUUGGCCACCCCUGUCCUACAGCAUGUGAAAGAAGAGUGGGUGGAAGGCACAGCAGAGGAGAAGACACUGCAACGGGCUGCACCCUAUUCCAUUGCAUUGGAGAAUUUUGGUAAGCAUAGUCUUUGGUAUGCAUUUGGCAGUCCUACUCUAAAGUAGCCCGAAGCAGUUGGCUGUAAAUUCCAGUCAUUUUCUCCCUCCCACUCCCAGGUUGGUUUUGGAAAACUUCAUAUUUCUCAACGAUGGCGCUAUCUUUGAUUCUUUUCCUAAUCUUUCUUCUCCUAAUGUGACUUCAGAGUCUCAUGGUCUGCCUGAUUGUCAGCACCAUUAAAAUAGAUGUUGUAUAA